CACCCCAAUCAACACAAACAUUUCACAACUCGCUCUCUGUCGUUUCGACUUUCGAUCAUCCAUCGCUGCAAUUCGCUCUGAAAAUGGCAAAGGCAGCAAAGAAGCCAGCGGAGAAGAAGCCGGCGGAGGAGAAGCCCGCAGCGGAGAAGAAGCCGGCGGAGAAGACACCUCGGGCGGAGAAGAAGAUCCCGAAGGAAGCUGCUGCCGCUGCCGGCGACAAGAAGAAGAAGAGAUCGAAGAAGAAUGUGGAGACAUACAAGAUCUACAUCUUCAAGGUGCUGAAGCAGGUUCACCCUGACAUCGGAAUCUCCAGCAAGGCCAUGGGAAUCAUGAACAGUUUCAUCAACGACAUCUUCGAGAAGCUCGCUCAGGAGUCGUCUUGUCUUGCUCGCUACAACAAGAAGCCGACGAUUACUUCCCGGGAGAUUCAGACCGCCGUGAGAUUGGUUCUCCCCGGCGAGCUUGCUAAGCACGCCGUUUCUGAAGGCACCAAGGCGGUUACCAAGUUUACUAGCUCUUAGGGUUUUUGAUUUGAUUUUGGUAUUUGUAAAGGCUAGUUUGUUUUGGAAUAUUGGAUUGUGGUGAAUUUUCGAAUGUAAUUCGUGCUAUCUUGUUACAAUACAUAGUGAACUGAAUCAAAGAAGCCUUUUCAACCU